GUGACAGUCGUAUGGGUCUCCACGUCUCGGUCAUGAUCGCUCUCGCCGCCGUAGCGCUGGGCGACCCGCUUCCAAGCAAGAACGUCACGCUCUCGUCUGCCAACACCACGGAGGCAGCGACGCGUCAGAACCAGUUUCCGACGCGGCAGUGGGGCAUUCAGCGCGGCACCCUCUUUUGGACAGGCUGGAUGAACCUCUGGACGCCGCAAGACCAGUGGACGACCAUAAGUGGGUCGGCCGUCACAACCAAGUGCCGCGACUGUGACGGCUCGAAAGCGUGGGAAGUGUACCAGUCACCCGAGUCCAACAAGGUCGACAUGCUCCGGAACGUUCACACCGACUUGUGUCUUGACGCGUACUGGAGCAACGACGCCGGCAACCCGGUUGUACACGGGUAUCCCUGCAACCUCCAGAACGGCAACCAGCACUGGGACUUUGAUUUGAGCGCCGAGUACGGCUGGAUCCGGCACCGCCGUUACCAAGAGUGGAUUUUGUAUGGCUAUGACGGGGACAUGAUCCACAUCAAGGACGCCCGCGUUGGCGACGAAGAUGCGCAGUUUGUGUUUGUCCCCUAAACACACAAUAUGAUACGUGAUGUUGCAUGGG